AAAAUAAAUUUAUAAAACCAUUACAGACAUGCCUAGAAAAUGCUCAGUAGGUAAUUGUCGUGGAAAUUAUGACAGUGCAAAUGAGCAUGUAAAAGUUUACAAAUUUCCAAGUGACAAAGAAUUAUGUGAAAGAUGGUUAGCAGCUUUACCAAAUAAAAUUCAAUCACCAACAGACAAAAUGGGUGUUUGUGAAAAGCACUGGCCUUUGGGGUGUAGUAUGCACUAUCCAAAAAGAUCUAAAUAUCAGAUUCCAUCAGAUCCUCCUUCACUAUUUCCUGGGUGUUUUCCUUCAAUGUUACGACAAACAGGCAAAACAUUCCGUCAAACAAAGUUUGAAAAAAUUUCAAUUGAAUCAAGAAACUCAUUCUGUGAUGAACUCGAUUCUUUCAACAAGAUUGAUAAAAUAAAAAUUUUUGAAGUCAAACAGUUUCUUACAGAUGUAAAGCAGCGGUAA